UUGAUUUCAACCUCCAAUAUGAAGACCCAGACUUUGGGGGGCAACUCUGCUUUCUAACAGACAUUUCAGAACUGCCAGAGAAGGCUGUAUUGAAAGUACACAGAUCUGAGACUGAUGCUGGGUCAGCUGCAACUUCACACACAGAAAUACUCCCUUAUGCCCCAGGACGCUUGCAGAGUUGGCCUGAUGUCUUCCCAGUUCCUCAAUUUUCUUAUGAUGUCGAGCACAGCCUCAAUGGUGGAAAUAUGGCCUAUCAAAACAGUGGAAAGUUCUUAAAAUUAACUAAAGGCCAAAAAUACGACAUUCUAGAAAAUAUGGCCAAGGCAAUGCACAGCUUUAAGGCUUACCCCAGCAACAAAGAAGUAGCUAAAGCAGCUGAGGCUCUUAUUUCGAAGCACCCCUGCCUCACAGAACCAGGAAGUCAAUGUGGAUGGUAUGGCUGGAAGACAAGUUUAAAGUUUAAAAUGGGCAACUUUCGCACAAAACUCAGCAGAUCUGGCUGUGAAGAGGUGGCUGUUAACUCGGGGAAGAGAAGCCAAAAUAAUCCAGAGAGGGAGUCUCCCCACUCCAACAUCAAAAGAGCUCGUCGAGCUGAGGUAAACUACCUACCAAAUUUUCCAAAAGGAGAGAGGGCUGAAAGCUUGGAACAACAAAGAUUGCAAAUAGUUGAGGAAGUGUCUAAGACAGAAAGAAGUCUUGGGCUGAUAGAGAGACUCAUGCAAAGUACAUUUGCUCUGCGUCGCAAACAGAUCAUUGUAGAUAACCCAUCACAACCAGUGAAGGACUUUUUGGAAAAGUGGCCUGCACUUCGUUUGGAAUCUCAGAUUGCUGCAGAAUUCCACAGAAUUACUAAUAUCAGCUUGAAAAACAAGUUCUAUGCAGAGCUGGACAACCAUACUCCUCGACUGAUUGCUGUUUACAGGCAGAAGGCUGCCCGUACAGGCAAGGCAGCAGAAGCACUGAGAAGCAUCUGUAGUGCCUAUGAUCUUACGGAUCACUACGAUAUUAACAACAGACGUACAGCUGCACUUCGAGCCCUCCCUGUCUACUUGCGCGAAGAUGACUCUGUGUUUUUCAAGAUGUGGAAUACUGAAGAGGUGGAUGAGCCAGACAUUGCAGAUUCAGCUGUAGCUCUUGUCAGCAUGGUGAAUGGAGACUCGAGUUCCACUGUUCAGUUUGACCCUGCUGGGAUCGCUAUUGUGCUGGAAGGUGACAUUGUUCUAAGGGACAUUUCCAGGUUGGCUGAUGCUUUUCUUUUGAUGUUUGGUUUGAUAUAUGCAUUACAUCUCAACUACCCCAAAGAGCUGACCCACACUUUUAACUUCAUCCAAAAAGUCUUACUGGGUUUGGAUGACUCAAAGCCACUAACACCCAGAUUGCUGAGUCUAAAAAAUGAGCUACUGAUUAAGGAGUAAGAGUAAUGGAUGUACGAGUGCGAUACAAUUUAUUUUUGGUUCCUUUCAGUUGUUGUGACUACUGUAUUUGCCCUUUUAAACACUGAGCUCAAGAUUUUAAAUUUCCCAGUGAAGUGGAGAAUUGCAUUUUCAUUUAAGUACUUACUGGGAUUGCGUUACUGAAUGCCACUAGCACCCAGAUUGCGG